AUGAGCAUGGAGCAGGGUUUAAGUAAUUUGACGCUUUAUGAUGCCAAAAAGUACUUCAGAAGGGCUCAAAAUGUGGUGUUUAACUAUACUGACAUGGAGGCCAAAGUCCGUGAAGCUACAAACAACGAGCCGUGGGGAACCUCGUCUACGCUGAUGGAGCAAAUCGCUCAGGGAACAUAUAACUAUCGCGAACGCGAAGAGGUGUUGGGGAUGAUUUUCCGACGUUUUACAGAGAAAUCAGCUAGCGAAUGGCGACAAAUUUACAAAGCUUUGCAACUGCUAGAAUAUUUGGUACGUCAUGGUGCAGAACGUUUCAUCGACGAUGUACGUGCUAAUCUGUCGUUGGUUAAAAUGCUGGAAACAUUCCACUACAUCGACGCUCAGGGUCGUGACCAGGGCAUCAAUGUCAGAAACCGGUCUUUGGAAUUGGUCAAGCUUCUCGAGGACGACACAAGAAUCCGCACAGAACGAAAGAAGGCCCGAGAAACGGCGAAAAAAUACAAAGGCGUCGCUGGGGGCGCUCCCUCGUCAUACCUGCCUCCGUCUGCUGUCAACAGAGCCGCUGGUUUCGGCAAGUCGUCUAAUCGCGGCAUUUCUGUGAGUGCUGACUUUGACAGCGACGAAGAAGACCGCGGAACUCACGGCGAGUCUCAUAUUGGCACUUUUAAAGAUGCGACACCACCUUCUACUGCGAAAAUAGGGGAGCCCACAAAUGAUAGCGAUGACAACGACGACGAUUUCGCGGACUUCCAAAGUGCAGCGCCCGUGACUCAACCCACAACUUCAAACUCUCAAAACAUUGUCGAUAUCUUCUCCGAAUUUUCAUCCGCUCCAGUGAAGGCCGGGAAUAAUAAUCUAGCAUCUGCAGCGCACAACACCCACGCCUUUGGCCCAAUGCCGGCUGUAAACCAAAAGGUGGCAGAUCCUUUCGGCUCGCUAUUCGAUAGUGCUAAGCUGACGAAAGCACCUGUAAAGAGCACAACUCAGGAGACGAGUACGUCUCAACAAGCUCCAGCAGCAAUCCCAAAAAAUGACAAUGAAAACGACGAUGACGAUGACGACGAUUUUGGUGAGCUUGAGACAGCGGCUGCAACAUCAACCGCAGGAACUACAACGACACCUGCUGCUCACAGCGGGCAGGAACCUGACCUAUUGAGCUUCUAG